GCGAGAGUCUGCGAGGCGAUAAGUUGAAGAAACAUGGCGGCGUCUAAUUUGUUAAAGAACAAGGGGUCCCUGCAGUUUGAGGACAAAUGGGAUCUGAUGCGACCCAUUGUUCUCAAGCUGCUCAGACAGGAGGCCGUCACCAAGCAACAGUGGUUCGACUUGUUCUCUGACGUCCAUGCUGUGUGCUUAUGGGAUGACAAAGGACCAGCCAAGAUUCACCAAGCCCUCAAAGAGGACAUUCUAGACUUCAUCAAACAAGCACAAGCUCGGGUGCUGAGCCACCAGGAUGACACAGCGCUGCUGAAGGCUUACAUUGUUGAGUGGAGGAAGUUCUUCACCCAGUGUGACAUCCUGCCCAAACCCUUCUGUCAGCUGGAGAUCACACUCAUGGGCAAACAGGGUAGCAACAAGAAGGCAAACAUGGAGGACAGCAUUGUCCGCAAGCUGAUGCUGGACACGUGGAACGAGUCGAUCUUUUCCAACAUUAAGAGUCGCCUACAGGAUAGUGCCAUGAAGCUGGUACAUGCUGAGAGACUGGGCGAAGCCUUCGACUCCCAGCUGGUGAUAGGAGUACGAGAGUCAUAUGUAAACCUAUGUUCUAACCCGGAGGACAAGAUGCAAAUCUACAGGGAUAACUUUGAGAAAGCCUACCUGGACUCCACAGAGAGAUUCUACAGAACACAGGCACCAUCCUACCUGCAACAAAAUGGCGUACAGAACUACAUGAAAUAUGCAGAGACGAAGUUGAGAGAAGAAGAGAAGAGAGCACUUAGAUAUCUAGAGACACGUCGUGAAUGUAACUCUGUUCAAGCACUUAUGGAAUGUUGUGUGAAUGCUUUGGUGACCUCGUUCAAAGAGACCAUCUUAGCUGAAUGUCCAGGGAUGAUCAAACGCAACGAGACAGACAAGCUGCACCUCAUGUUUUCACUGAUGGACAAAGUUCCCAGUGGGAUUGAGCCAAUGCUGAAAGACCUGGAAGAACAUAUCAUCAAUGCUGGACUAGCAGAUAUGGUGGCUGCUGCCGAGACUAUCACAACUGACUCUGAGAAGUACGUGGACCAGUUGCUGACAUUGUUCAACCGCUUCAGUAAGCUGGUGAAGGAAGCCUUCCAGGAUGACCCUCGCUUCCUCACAGCGAGAGAUAAGGCUUACAAAGCUGUUGUGAAUGAUGCCACAAUCUUCAAACUGGAGCUGCCUAUGAAACAGAAAGGUGUGGGUAUGAAGACUCAGCCAGAGUCAAAGUGUCCAGAGCUGCUGGCAAACUACUGUGACAUGCUGCUAAGGAAAACUCCUCUCAGCAAGAAACUCACCUCAGAGGAAAUCGAGCUCAAACUCAAAGAAGUGCUCUUAGUGUUGAAGUAUGUCCAGAACAAAGACGUAUUCAUGCGUUACCACAAAGCUCACCUGACCAGACGCCUGAUUCUGGACAUUUCAGCUGACAGCGAGAUUGAGGAGAACAUGGUGGAAUGGCUGAGAGAAGUAGGAAUGCCGGCAGAUUACGUGAAUAAACUGGCCCGGAUGUUCCAGGACAUCAAAGUAUCAGACGACCUGAAUCAGGUCUUCAAAGAGAUGCACAAACACAACAAGCUGGCACUGCCAGCUGACAGCGUGAACAUCAAGAUCCUGAACGCGGGAGCGUGGUCACGAAGCAGUGAGAAGGUUUUUGUUUCGCUCCCCACAGAACUGGAGGACCUGAUCCCUGAGGUGGAGGACUUCUACAAGAGGAACCACAGUGGCCGCAAACUCCACUGGCAUCACCUGAUGUCCAACGGCAUUAUCACCUUUAAAAACGAGGUGGGUCAGUACGACCUGGAGGUGACGACGUUCCAGCUCGCUGUGUUGUUCGCCUGGAACCAGAGACCCAGGGAGAGGAUCAGCUUUGAGAACCUCAAACUGGCUACAGAGCUGCCUGAUGCGGAGCUGCGCCGCACACUCUGGUCGCUCGUUGCCUUCCCCAAACUGAAGAGACAGGUGUUGUCAUAUGAGCCUCCAGUGAACUCGCCCAAGGACUUCACAGACAGCACGCUCUUCUAUGUCAACCAGGACUUCUCCCUCAUCAAAAACUCCAAAGUCCAGAAGCGGGGAAAGAUCAAUCUGAUUGGUCGACUGCAGCUAACCACUGAGCGAAUGAAGGAGGAGGAAAACGAAGGAAUCGUCCAGCUCAGAAUACUCAGGACUCAGGAGGCUAUCAUCCAAAUCAUGAAGAUGCGGAAGAGGAUCAGCAACGCCCAGCUGCAGACGGAGCUGGUGGAGAUCCUGAAGAACAUGUUCCUGCCUCAGAAGAAGAUGAUCAAGGAGCAGAUCGAGUGGCUCAUUGAACACAAGUACAUAAAGAGGGAUGAGACAGACAUCAACACCUUCCUCUACAUGGCCUAGGCAGCGAUUAGGGCUGUGAUUCAUGUUCUGUUUUUUACUCCUGACCUGCGACUGGCACUUAAAGAAGACUGCAAGACGAGAGUUGGUGAGAAAGUCUUUGAAGAAGAAGAGAGGGAUGAUGCUGAGGAGCGUGCGUGUGUUGAAGGACAAGAUGGUGUGGUUAAUUUUUUUGUAUUUUUUGGGACACCAGUGUGUCAUUAAUUUCAAGACAUAGCAUUGAAUCAUUGGGCUGAGGUCUUCUCUGCUGCCCUCUUGUGUCAGGUCCUUGGAAAAGAACAAUUAUGUGUGCUGUCUGCCAGCAGUUCAGAAGAAAAUAAAUAGUGACACUGAAUCAACUACUUCCUGCCUUACUUUCAUCAGCAAUGGACUGCAGACAAAGAGGAGAAGCAGUUAGGAGGAAGAGGAGGACAAAUCUUGCAAGCUGAUAUCAAUCCUUUGCUUUCCCUUGAUGCUACAGCUGUCAUAUUAGUGGCAGCCAUUUUGCAUCGCUACUGUUAUCUUACACUGAUCUUAAUGUUUGAACAAUGGAUGCAACAAGCUGCAAGUGAAACCUGCCAUUUAGGAGGAGUGGACAUAAUGGAGAGACUAGUUCAAACUACCGACGAGUAUUUUGCCAAAUUUUCUGAGUGUGCGUGAAUCAUGGUCUGUCUGUGUGUGCGUGCGUGCGCGCUUGUUUGGAGUUUGAGUGCAUAGUGUGUCUUUUACAUGUGUAUGUGUGUGCACUUUCAACAGCAUGCUGCUCUAUGAUGUUUUCUUUUUGUUCAGUGGAAAAUCUGUCACACUUUGAAAAUUUUUUAAAUGCAGAUGUUUUCUUUUUGACUCUUGUGUUUCAGGUUUGUGGGUGUUCUUGUGCGUGGAUGUGUGUAUGAGACAAUUAUCAACUGCUAUUUAUUCAGUGUGCAAAAUCCUGAGUUAAAAUCAACAGAAUGAAUCAAAGAGGGGUGUUGUUCCUAACAUCAUGAUCAGGUGUUUGUUCUAUUUAUUUUGUCUUUUGUUAUAGUGUGGCAGUAAAAUCGAAACAAACACAGAUUGCGUGUGUGAUCCUUUGCACAGUGUCAUCCUGGUAAAAUGUCAUUAUGCACAAACACAAUCUAAGAGACAAUGAUGUGAAUGAGCUGCUAUUUUUUUCCUUAUUUAUUCACAUAAAAGAAACUUUGGCCAAUGAUUUGAUUCUUAUCUGCUGUUUGUCAAAAUGCUGAAAAAGCUUUUUAUUUUCCGUGACUGUGGCUAAUAAUCUCAUUUACAUUUAACAUGUUUACUUGCAAAAACACAGCCACAAGAGUUGUAUUGUUAUCAUGAUCUCUUUUUUCUCCUCUUGGGAAUAUUCAUUGUAAAUGAGAUAAAACACUAUUAUUUAUCUCCUUAUGCACAGACUUGGCUCAGGCUUGUUAGCCAAACCUCAUCUCACAACCUCUGAUAAGAUGCAACACAAUAUGAACAUUUGCCAUGAUUAUACUGCCCAUAAAAGGUGUUAUUCAUGACUAUAGAAUAAUUGUAAAAAUAUCUUUUUAAAAUUCUUAAAAUGGCUCUGAAACACAAGGAAAUCUCAAUUGACAUCUAUUAGGCAGGAGAUCCUGGAAUUACUGUUAAGAUGUAGGCUCCCUCUUGUGGCACUUCAACAUAAACUAGGACGCAUGUUGGGGAAUUUGUCAGCGUUGUCAAAUCACCCACAUGGAAUAUUGGCAAUUUCCUAAAUCAAGAUUGUCCUCAUAAUGGAAUUUCACCAUGAUUGACUUGUGUGAGUGCUUUGUUAUGUUAUCGCAAUACACAAUAAAAUGAUGUAUCAUUCCA